CGAUUUCCAUCCAAUUCUAUUUUCCCAAAGUUACUUACUAUUCAGCAACUCAUCCUUGCAAGAACACCCUCAAGAUGAACAAGCCAAACUAUCCAACCAUGCAACAGGAUGGACAGCAGAUGUACCAGGCUUCUGACGGCCAGUGGUACCCUAUGAGCGCCAUGCCUCAGGACUGGCACGGUUCCCAGCAGCCCCCUCAACCCGGGUACGGCGGCUAUCAACAGCAGCAAGGUUACCAUGGUCAACAACCCAUGUACGCCACUCAACCUGUGUAUGUCGAAAACAACCGAGGUGCCGGUGUCGGGGCUGGUGCGGCCACUGGUAUUUGUGCUGGUCUCUGUGCUGGCCUGCUCUGUUUCGACCUUUGUCUCUUCUGCUAAGCGACAACGCAAAACCAGGUACGACAAUGUUUUGUGCGCAGCGAAGCGCCAAGACAACGGAGAAGGAAGUUCGAAGCUCUCUGGGGAGAAGCACGCAUAUACAGCAGGGCAGGGGUCAAGUAGAGAGUUGGUUAAUACACGUGCCGGCCUCUCGUUGUUGUACUGUAUAGACACUCAGGAUUGAUGCAAGAAUUCUAUAUUGGUAUCGUGCUACGACAUGUCGGUCGAUAUCAUGCAUGACCCUAAAAAUGUAAACAACA